CUAAGAGCUUCUUCUUCUUCAAUCUUUAGGUUAAACCGAGGCAUAAGCGGCGCAUCUGAAUCCCAAAUUGAGAGACGAUGACGAUCGAUUCGCAGCAGAAAACGACGAGCAAGUUCAGAUGGGGGGAAAUGGACGAAGACGACGAUCUGGAUUUCUUGCUCCCUCCCAAGCAAGUGAUUGGCCCAGACGAGAAUGGUUUGAAGACGACGAUUGAGUACAAAUUCAACGAUGAAGGCAAUAAGGUUAAGAUUACGACUAGGACACGUGUCCGGAAGCUAGCUUCUGCUCGGCUCAACAAACGAGCUAUGGAGAGGAGGAACUGGCCUAAGUUUGGAGACGCAGCCAAUGAGGAAGCUGGUAGCCAUCUCACUAUGGUUUCUACCGAAGAGAUUCUUCUCGAACGACCCAGAGCUCCUGGUACCAAAGCAGAUGAAUCAAAGGCAACAGGAGACGGCUUGUCUCAGCUGGGUAAAGGUGGUGCAGUUCUCAUGGUGUGCAGGAUAUGUCACAAGAAAGGAGAUCACUGGACAUCAAAAUGUCCUUACAAGGAUCUAGCUGCAACAACUGAUGCCUUCAUCGACAAGCCACCCACAGGGGAUUCAUCUACCAUGUCCGCUGCACCUGGAACUGGCAAGGCCGCAUAUGUCCCGCCUAGCAUGAGAGCAGGUGCAGACAGAAGCGCUGUUGGUUCAGACAUGAGGAGGAGGAACGAUGAGAACUCAGUGCGUGUAACCAACUUGUCUGAAGAUACCCGUGAACCGGACUUGAUGGAGCUGUUCCAUCCGUUUGGAGCUGUCACACGUGUCUAUGUGGCCAUCGAUCAGAAAACUGGAGUGAGCAGAGGAUUUGGUUUCGUCAAUUUUGUGAGCAGGGAAGACGCUCAACGGGCAAUCAACAAGUUGAAUGGUUAUGGUUAUGAUAACCUCAUCCUCAGGGUUGAAUGGGCCACUCCAAGACCAACCUAGAAAGAAAUGUCUGAUGAGACCUUAAAACUCUUCUCAUGCUCGUCUUUCUUGUUAUGGAUUUUUGUUUAUUGACCAGUUUGUUUGUUGGUUUGGUUCUGUAAGAAUAGAUGAGAAAUUGUUGUUCAAUUUCUCUUUAAUACAUAAGGCAUGCUUUU